UGAACUUCACACUGUGAAGUACUAGCACAUGGUACACAAAAACAAUUUUGAUUAUUGAUUACAGUAAAGAACGUUCUAAAAUGAAGGUAAAAAAUUUAAGAGUAAAUCCAUUCAAUCAAGUAAAUGAUGAAAGUAACGAAGCAGGUCCAAGUACAUCGGAAGACAAAAAAUCGCAGGUUAUUUUGCCAUCCGACAGCAACUUUAAUCACAUAAAAUGCAAAGCAGUGCGGUAUAAAAAAUGUCAAAGGUUAUUGAAAGAGAAAAUAAAAGCCAAGAAGGAAGCCAAGAAACAGAGGAUUCAAGAAGGUGCUCCAAAGCAAGUGCCGCACACUAUUGAAAGUUUGAGAGAGAAAGAUGAAACUGUCGUCACUGGUGAUCUUGAUGAUGAAGAAAAUCAAGAACUCAAAGUUGACUUCGAGCACGAUGAAUUUGCUGCUUAUUAUAGACACGAUUACGAGCCUAAAGUCUUGAUUACUUAUUCCGACAAUCCGACAAGGAAAUCUAGGAUUUUUGGUGUUGAAUUAACGAGAAUAAUACCAAAUUCAAUUUCGUUGUACAGAAACCGCUCUGGAGUCAAGAAAAUGGUAAAAAGUGCCAUUGCUAGAAAUUUCACUGACAUUAUCGUUAUUAACGAAGAUCAGUGUAAACCUAAUGGUAUGUUGAUUGUUCAUUUGCCUGAUGGACCAACAGCAUAUUUUAAACUUAGCAAUGUUAAAAUAACACCGGAAUUAAAACGUAGUCACAAAGAAAUUACAAAGCAUAGACCGGAAGUUAUAUUGAACAAUUUUACUACUCGUUUGGGUUACACGAUCGGUAGAAUGUUAGGGGCAUUGUUUCACUAUGAACCUGAAUUUAAAGGAAGAAGAGCAGUAACGUUUCAUAAUCAGAGAGAUUACAUAUUUUUCAGGCAUCAUAGGUACCAAUUUGAUCUGAAAAAAGGAAAAGCUACACUGAGAGAGUUGGGGCCUAGAUUUACUCUGAAACUGAAAUAUUUGCAACAUGGAACAUUUGACACCAAAUAUGGAGAAUACGAAUGGCUUAUUCAAGGACGAAGACACGACAUGGAAACUAGUAGAAGAAAAUUUUUCUUAUAAACUUUAUUUACUAUGGACAUUAAACA